GCGUCAUCGGUCUUAUCCCACGUGCUUCUAAAGAAAGUCGAUAUUUGGCUGUGCGAUCUUGUUCAUGACACCAAUUGCGUCGCAAUUAUAGCCAGGAAUGGCUUCAAAUCCACAGGAUGGGCAAUCGAUGCCCGGCGAUAAGACCCUGCAUGUCUGGUCGAAACCCAUAGAGCAAAACGAAGCUACUACAGUCAACGGCGAACAUGGAGCGACACCGACGAAUAAUAGGCCAACUAUUUCAGAGGCCGUUUCUAUGAUCAAGAAGGAUGAUUUUACGAAUGUUGCAAAUACUCCUUGUGCUCGACAAGGUUUCAUCACAGGAAUAGCAUCCGGUGCCGGUAUUGGAGGAUUGAGGUUCGUCCUCAAAGGGAACCCCGGUAGCGCUGCGAACUGGGCUGUUGGAAUGUUUGUGCUUGGAAGCAUGGCAUCAUACGAAUGGUGCCAGUACCUACGCCGCGAGGAACGUCGACAAAUGAAACGACACAUUGAGGUGGUGUCAGAGAAUAGGAGAGAGCAAGCAAGAAAGAUCCAAGAGGCAAGACGUGAGCACGACAAGCUGGAGGCUGAAAAGAAGGCGGCAGUAAAGCCAUGGUACAAGGUCUGGUAACCAUCAGGUUGAGCACAUUGCGCCUCCUAUGUACUAUUAUUUGUGUAAGGGUGUAUAUCUCGUGUAUUGGACAUAGCUUGUAGAUAAUAUCCCAAUUGCAAAAAAUGAA